AUGGUUCCGGAAGAAUGUACCAAAUGUAUCAGAAUGAUCUAUUCCGAAGCCACCAGCCAUGUGCAGGCAGUAGCCGGCCACUCAAAAAUGUUUUGCAUUCACGUCGAGUUCAUCAAGGUUCGCUGCUCUUCCCUUGCUCUUCACAGUGUUAAACACAGCAACAGAAAGCCUCAAAAGACAUCUUAUAUUCACCCCAGUGCGGAUGAUGUGGUCUUGAUGGCAGAGGCUAAGAAGGAACUGGAGAAGAGGUGCGGAGGUGGAAGAACUAACUAG